AUGGCAAACAAAUACUUACUUCCUCUGUUUCUCCCUCUUAUAGUCAUCUCUUCUGUUUCAGCUAACUUUCAAAGAGACGUUGAGAUCACUUGGGGAGAUGGUCGUGGACAGAUCACGAACGAUGGAGAGCUUCUCACUUUGUCUCUUGACAAAUCAUCUGGCUCUGGUUUCCAAUCCAAGAACGAGUACUUGUUCGGUAAAAUCGAUAUGUAG